AUUUCCCUUUUGCUUAUUCUCGUGCAAACCCUCUUCCGCCACCGCGAAUUCCGGCCCGCCACGUUCUUCACUUCCGGUGGUAACGCACGGACGAUACUUUCUCUAUUCCACAUUCAGCACUUCCUCCACCAAAUAAUCAAAUAUAACUCCAAACAAUGGGAGCACCGAAGAAAAGUGCUGCUAGGGUUUCAGAGGAUCAUGAUGAACUUGUUCGAGUUCCGUUACAAGCUAUUCUCUUGGCGGAUAGUUUUACUACAAAGUUCAGACCUAUCACUCUUGAACGCCCUAAAGUGCUUUUGCCGUUGGUGAAUGUUCCGAUGAUAAAUUACACAUUGACAUGGCUUGAAUCAGCUGGUAUAGAAGAGGUUUUUGUUUUCUGCUGUGCUCAUGCCAAGCAGGUGAUUAACUAUUUGGAGAAAUCUGAGUGGUUUUCUCAACCUAAUUUUACGGUAACGACUAUAGAGUCACAAAAUUCUGUUAGUGCUGGAGAUGCACUCCGUGUUAUCUACGAGCGCAAUGUGAUACAAGGAGAUUUUGUUCUUAUCAGCGGAGAUACUGUAAGCAACAUGUCACUUACUCAAGCUCUUUUAGAACAUAAAGAAAGGAAGAAGAGAGAUAGUAAUGCUGUAAUGACCAUGGUUAUCAAACGGUCUAAAACCAAUCCAGCUAUCCGUCAGUCUCGACUUGGUACUGAUGAAAUUUUCAUGGCUAUUGAUCCCAAUACCAAGCAACUUCUGUCUUAUGAGGAUAAGGCAGACUAUUCAAAAGGCACUUUACAUCUUGAAAAUUCACUGCUUGCUGAUAAUCCUUCCCUCUCUCUGCACCAUGACAAGCAGGAUUGUUACAUUGACAUCUGCUCGCCAGAAGUCCUUACCCUAUUUACAGACAAUUUUGACUACCAACAUCUUCGCCGUCAUUUUGUCAAGGGACUGCUCGUUGAUGAUAUAAUGGGAUAUAAAAUAUUUGUGCAUGAAAUCCGCUCAGACUAUGCUGCAAGGGUUGAAUUUUGGAUAGAAAAUAUUUAA